CAAAUCCGUGAUUUCAUUGCAUUCAUUCAAACAUAAAAGUAUAUAAGAAGAGACGAGACGUACACCAUAAAACAAAAAUUAUUAGUAAGUAAACUACUCUUCCUUUUUGCGUCUCUAGAAACUACGGACGGACGGAGUGAACAUCCAGCUACGCAAUCAUCAGACUCUACGAUUUACACCAAAAUUACUAUUACAAACAACUCUCUCCCCAACCCAUCAUUUUUUAUUUGUUUCGACCUUUCAUUCUGGUUCGUUUUAAUGGACAACUGUUUGGGUCUGCUUAAGAUUCACGUCCAGAGGGGAGUGAACCUUGCCAUCAGAGACUCCCGAAGCAGUGACCCCUAUGUUAUUUUCAAGCUGGGGAAGCAUAAGGUGAAGACCCGUGUGGUAAAAAAGAAUGUAAAUCCAGAAUGGAAUGAGAUUCUAACUCUAUCGGUUUCAGAUCCAAAUACUCCAGUCAAGCUGUUUGUGUAUGACAGGGACACCUUCAGCUUUGAUGACAAAAUGGGUGAUGCAGAGUUUGAGAUAGGCCCAUAUUUCAAUGUCGUGAAGAUGGGCCUAACGGGCCUUCCAAAUAGAACCAUAAUCUCAAAAGUCCAGCCCAACAGAAAAAACUGCCUUGCUGAAGAGAGUCCAAUUUAUAUUUCCAAUGGCAAAGUUGUUCAAGAUAUUGUUCUCAGACUGAGAAAUGUGGAGUGUGGCGAAAUUGAGCUUCAAUUGCAAUGGGUAGAUGUUUUAACUUCAUAAGGUUCUAUGGAAUAAUUCUAUGCGGCCUUGUUAGUAUGAUGUAUGCACAUAAUAUGUUAUAUAAUCUAUUAAUAAUAUAAUUUAGAAUACAUAUAAAAAUAUAACAAAAUAAAUGUUUUUUUUGUCUAAAUUUGCAACGUAUUCUGUGAAAUUAUUGGUUACCGUUUGUAACCUCCAUAUCAUAGCUGUUAUGUUUUUUAA